AUGAAAAAGUACUCAGUUCUCGGUAACAAGAAAAAAGUUACAAUGGAAGUCAAUGCGACCCGUCUCAAAGUUGUCGGAAACAACUGUAUAGUUAUAGUGACGACCAACCAAGGCGAUAUCGAAGUGGUCGGCAACGAUUGCCGUGUGGAAGUGGUCAAUAACUACGGUGUCAUCAAUCUAGUGGGUGGAAAUGGACUUGUGACUAUUAACAAGCGAUGGCGUGGAGACAAAGUGCAGCUGGUCGGACCCAACUGUCACGUUAUGGUAAACGGGAAGGAUAAGACGGAACCGUCUUACGAGCCCCAGCUAUCGCCCUUUAGCAAGGACCUGGACGAUGUCAUCGAAUCAAUCUUCAGCUUCGUCAUGCGUUGA